AUGGAUGAAAGUCUAAUACACCAUGAUAAAAAUAAAUAUGAUGCUAUUUUAAAAAAAAAUAAAUAUCUUUAUAAAAUUCAAUUAUCUAAUACAAGAUAUGAUAUUAUUAGAAGAGUUGUUCAAGAUUCAAAAUAUUGGGUAGAAUCUCAUCCAGAUUCUAAUGAUUGGGAUGUUAUAUGGGUAGACACGUCUAUAUCCGAAGAAAGGUUCCGAAAGUUAAAAAAGUUUCAAAAAAUUAAUCAUUUUAUUGGAAUGAGAGGUAUAACAAGAAAAGAUGAACUGUCUAAAAAUUUAAAAAAAAUGAAAAAGAAUUUUCCUCAAAGCUAUAAUUUUUUUCCUCUUACAUGGAUUUUACCCAACGAAAUCUCCGAUUUUAAGAAUUAUUAUAAGCAGAACACUAGCUCAAAAACAUAUAUAGUUAAAUUAAAGAACUCUUGCCAAGGAAAAGGUAUUUAUUUAACAAAAAAAUUAGACAACAUAAAUAAAUAUGAAAGUUGUAUAAUUCAAAAAUAUAUACAUAAACCACUACUAAUUAAUGGAUUGAAGUUUGAUAUCAGAUUAUAUGUUUUAGUAACAGGGUGUGAUCCACUAAGAAUAUUUUUACAUGAAGAUGGUUUAGUGAGAUUUUCAAUUGAAAAGUAUAAAUUACCAAAAUCAAAGAACCUGAAACAAGUAAAUAUGCAUUUAACUAAUUUUGCAAUCAACAAAAAAUCGGAUAAAUUUGAAAAUUCGUUAAAUCCUGAUGACGCUACCAUGGGGCAUAAGAGAAGUUGGAAAGCCGUUUUACAAAAAUUAAAAGAACAAGGAUUACCCAUGGAUUCUAUAAUGACAAAAAUUGAACAUAUGAUUGUUAAAACAAUUUGCUCAAUACAACCUGAAUUAAAACAUUAUUAUAAUUCAGCACACAUAAGUGAUUAUUCAAAUAGUAUGUGCUUUGAAAUAUUAGGAUUUGAUAUUUUAUUGGAUCAUAAAUUAAAGCCUUGGUUACUUGAAGUAAAUCAUUCCCCUUCUUUUAGAGCAUGCUCUUUGGUCGAUGAGAAGGUAAAAUAUGCAGUUAUAAGAGACACCUUGAAUAUUUUACAUAUGCGCUCAAAAUAUAGAUUAAUUCAUAUUCAAGAAUAUUUAAACUUACAAAAAUUUAGAAAAAAAUAUAAUGAUUUGUUAGUAAAAAAUAAAAAAGAACUAAAAGAAAAAUUGACUAUAAGUAGAUUUCAGUAUGAAAACAAAAAUUUAGGUGGAUAUAAAAGAAUUUAUCCCUUAAAAGAAUUAUUAGAUUAUGAAAAUCUUAUAUUAUAUGUUUCCAAUUCCUGGAAUAAGUCAAUUGGUAUACCAUAUUCUAUGAAAAAAGAUUCAUUCGAAUAUCUGUUUGAAGAACAAAUAAAAAGAAAAAAGAUAAAAGAAAAAUUAUCUAUAAAUGAUAAAUCAACAAUUGAGAAAUAUCCACUUUCUCAAGAUAAUUUAGAAUAUAAUAAAUUCUAUUCAAAUAGAGCUCAUAUAAAUAUUAGUAAUUGCUCCACAUCAUGCUAA